AUGGCAGUCGACUGCAUUCACAUGGCCUCUGGCCACCAUCCCCACCAUCCCUUCAACCAAGUCGGCCAAGAUCGACACCAAAACGUGGGGACAAGAAUGGGCAUCAACAAUCCAUAUGCCCGCUACAUUUCACCAAAGCCAUCUGCCUACUCUCGACGGUCGCGUUCUGAGUCUGUGAACUCCGCGCCUUCUAUCUGGUAUUCCGGCACGCCCGAACAUUAUCCGGUUGAGCCGAGACGCAAACGCGAGCAUUCUGCUGCCCAUCGCCGCCGCACCAACAAGUACCCCCGGUACUCACAACUUGUGCAACCCGAUGUCAUCGACAGGCUAGACAAUGUCACUAAUUUCUCCUAUCACCACGAGGGUCCGUACGACGCAGCCCGCCCUGAACGAAACCGCUUUAGUCAGUCCAGCCCGCUGGAAGCUGUCAAGGAGUCAAAUGCCGAGGCCCUCCGCGCUACUCCCCACCACAAGAUCGCCGACGCCCUAAACAGUCACCGGCCACUGGAUGGCGUCGCCUUCUAUCCUCCUGGAACCACCGAUCGCGACGGCCAGGAGUACUCUUACGAAGAAGGCUCCAAUAUGAUGGACGACGUCGCUGCUAACUUUAUGCGCCUUCCUGGCACGGCAUGUCUUUCUUCCCAUCCUAUUGUGUCACCAUUACUAACUCCGUUCCAGAAAUUCACCGAUGAGGACUUCAAGAACGAUCCAUUCUACAAUCGUCCCUUGGUGAACCCGUUCUCUGAACUACGGAAGAAAAUCACUCUUCGACUCAAAAAGCGACGCAAUACUCAUUAA